AUGUUCGACUCUCAAGCUUUAUCUAAAAAAUUAAGCUUGAAUGUCCCGAUUGAUGAAAUAUUCACGUUCAAAUCUUCUCCACCAAUAGAAAAUAUAUUGACUCCUUCAAGACAAAUUUAUAAUUCAAUCUUACCUCAUCCAAAAGACAUUCACACCGAUAUCAGUUUUGAGUUCCUGAAAGAAAGAGCUGAAAGUGAAUAUGGAGGAAGAAAAACAGACGAAGAUGAUAUAAUUAUUCCUAAAGAAAGAAUUGUUGAAUUUAUUAGUUACAUUAAAAGUUUACGAGAAGGUGAAAUAGAGAGAUAUUAUAAUGAUUUCAAGGCAACAAAGGAAAAUAUUUAUUAUCAAAUAGACGGAUUUAGUAAUUUACAAGAAAAACGACCUCCAACAGAACGUCCAAAUGAAUUAUAUACAAAUUAG